AGACUGGCCAAGGCAGACCUGUUACACUUGCCUGAGUUAGGCAUUGUUUGCCAUGCCACUAAACCUGCCGUCAAGUGAAACCUUCAUUGGGGAAAUGAGAUCGGAGUCUGAACCGCAGAAGAUGGACGCCCUGUCUCUGUUUUUUAUUGUUUUACUUUAAUUUCAUUUCUUUUUCUUUAUUUUGUCCCCUUUUUUUUGUUUUUGUUUUUGUUUUUGUUUUGUUAAAUCUCUUUCACUUUAACUUGUGAGCUGGUUUUCCAGUUCUUUGUAAAUGGUAUUCCAUUAAGGGUUCAUAACAUUGCGCUGCAGAUUAUAUUGGGAGAUGAUUAGCAGAGCUCAAGCUUACGAUAAAAUAAAUUUUCAUAGUAAACUAAACUCGGAUACAGUGUUGUGAAGCUCAGUGAGUCUUAAUUGGUAUUAUAGACUGCACAGGUACAUUUUGUUCUUGAAACACUAAAACACUGGUAGAAUUGUUAGGAACAUUUUGUGAUCUCAUUGCAACAUUUUUGCAGUUUUUCUCCCAAAUCUACAUCUUUUAUAAAAACCAACUGUUAGCUUCUAAUUUUCAUCCUUCCCCCUAGAUUUUUAGGCAUACAGAAUCUUCAAGGAAAAUAAGUAAAUUUCUUAAGACAUUCUAGGGGUAGAGGACAAGCAGAAACAUUUCACCUUUUUGAAUUACUGAUUAUAGAAAAUAACUUAUUUCCUUGACGUAUUAAGGACUUAUACUUGCCUACAUGGGGAAUGGAUAUUUGAGAAACUUGAAACUUACUUGCAUGUAUGUUUCUCUGCUUGAAUUUUUUGAAAAAUUUUCAGAUGUUAUCAGCUUCUAAAUGGAUUUUGAGGAUUAGGACUAGUACUUUAAUUUUAAUAAUGUGAGAGCUGUUUUUCCUUUCAGUUGUCUUUCAGGAGUAUAGUUUGGGAAAAAUACUAAAUGCUUGUUUGGUUUAUACUUUUAUAUACUCUGACAGUAUUUGGAAGGUAAAUUUGACAGAAUUCUAUCUUGGAAGUUAAGCAAUGGGACUUUUUAUUUAAAGGGUCUUUAAUGGUAAUUAGAAUUAAAACAUGUGCCUACCUACGAUUAGACUUAAUAUUUAUAUUAGUUUUUUACUACUCAGGCAGUGAGAGUAAGUCAACCUGUUGAUAAGUAAGUCUUUAUAAUAUAAAGUAUUCAGUUUUCAGCCUGUGUUGAAUACUUUGUGUAGUUUUUCUACACUGUCUUUUGUAAACACGCUUGCUUAUUUAAUUGACAAGUGAUUCUAAAUUGGGGACAUUAACAGAUUGAAACUAUUUAUUUGUUUUUUGGGUAUACACAUUAGGGUAAUGAACCAUAAGAUUUACACCACGGAACCUCAGUUGAUUUAUCAAGUGAUGCAGCCAACACGAACGGUUGUCAUGUGUAACACAACUUUCGAUCACCGCGAAAACACCGUCCUGGGAAAGCGUCCAUGCUUGAUAUCGUUUGGUUCAUGAACAUUAAGUUUCCAGUACAGGUAAAAUUCCAGAGGAGUCCAAAGCCCUCUCUUUAUUGGCUCCUGCUCCAACCAUGACAAGUCUAAUGCCUGGUGCAGGCUUGCUUCCCAUUCCGACCCCAAAUCCCUUGACUACAUUGGGUGUUUCCCUUAGCAGUUUGGGAGCUAUACCAGCAGCAGCACUAGACCCCAACAUUGCAACACUUGGAGAGAUCCCACAGCCACCACUUAUGGGAAAUGUGGAUCCUUCCAAAAUUGAUGAAAUUAGGAGAACAGUCUACGUUGGCAAUUUGAAUUCCCAGACAACGACAGCUGAUCAACUUCUUGAAUUUUUUAAACAAGUUGGAGAAGUGAAGUUUGUGCGGAUGGCAGGUGAUGAGACUCAGCCAACUCGGUUUGCUUUUGUGGAAUUUGCAGACCAAAAUUCUGUACCAAGGGCCCUUGCUUUUAAUGGAGUUAUGUUUGGAGACAGGCCACUGAAAAUUAAUCACUCCAACAAUGCAAUAGUAAAACCCCCUGAGAUGACACCUCAGGCUGCAGCUAAGGAGUUAGAAGAAGUAAUGAAGCGAGUACGAGAGGCUCAGUCAUUUAUCUCAGCAGCCAUUGAACCAGAGUCUGGAAAGAGCAAUGAAAGAAAAGGCGGUCGAUCUCGUUCCCACACUCGUUCAAAAUCCAGGUCUAGUUCAAAAUCCCAUUCUAGACGAAAAAGAUCACAGUCGAAACACAGGAGUAGAUCCCAUAAUAGAUCACGUUCAAGACAAAAAGACAGACGUAGAUCUAAAAGCCCACAUAAAAAACGCUCUAAAUCAAGGGAGAGACGGAAGUCAAGGAGUCGUUCACGUUCACGGGACAAGAGAAAAGACACGCGAGAAAAGAUCAAGGAAAAGGAAAGAGUGAAAGAAAAAGAUAGAGAAAAGGAAAGGGAAAAAGAGAGAGACAGGGAGAAGGAUCGUGAAAAAGAAAAAGAACGGGGUAAAAACAAAGAUAAAGACCGGGAAAAGGACCGGGAUAAAGACAAGGAAAAAGAGAGAGAGAGAGAGCGGGACAAAGAGCACGACAAGGAGCGAGACAAGGAAAAGGAGCAGGACAAGGAAAAGGAGCGGGACAAAGACAGAUCCAAAGAGACAGAUGAGAAAAGAAAGAAGGAUAAAAAAUCCAGAACACCACCCCGAAGUUACAAUGCAUCAAGAAGAUCCCGUAGUUCCAGCAGGGAAAGGCGUAGGAGGAGGAGCAGGAGUUCUUCUAGGUCACCAAGAACAUCAAAAACCAUAAAAAGGAAAUCUUCUAGGUCUCCAUCCCCAAGGAGCAGAAAUAAGAAGGAUAAAAAGAGAGAAAAAGAAAGGGACCAUAUCAGUGAAAGAAGAGAGAGAGAACGUUCAACCUCUACAAGAAAGAGUUCUAAUGACCGAGAUGGAAAGGAAAAGUUGGAGAAGAAUAAUACUUCACUUAAAGAGAAGGAACACAAUAAAGAACCAGAUUCAUCUGUGGGCAAAGAAGUAGAUGACAAGGAGGCACCCAGGACUGAGGAAAACAAAGUCCAGCAAAAUGGGAAUUGUCAGCCAAAUGAAGAAAACCUCGCUACCAAAACAGAAGCAGUAUAGGACUGACAGAUGCACCUCUAAACACACGCUGGAAUAAAAUCCAAAGCUAUUAAUUCUUCCAACAAGAUGUUACACAGUGAAGAAAUCCAGUUGAGUAUAAAGAUACGAACUAACAGCUAUUCUAGUUGUUAGGUGACUUUGUGGCCAUCUUGUUACUGAGUAAGAAAAUAAAGCAUGGACAUCGUGAAAAUAACAGGUGUUACCCAAACUCCUCAUCUUCUAGAAUUUGUGCAUUUCCAUGGUGGCUGACACACUUGUCAUGUGGUUUGUUAGUGUUUGGCAAGAACCAUUACAAAUAAAUGGGACGUCAAAGAUCCAAAUUUAUACUGUCCACAGAGACUGGAGAUAAGCAUUGGAGGCUCUUUUAAAAAAUGGUUGUUACUGAAUUUUGUAUUGUUUUAGUUUUGUUUUUUUUUUUUUAAAUUUCAAUAUAUACGGAUUUGAUGAUGUGCUUGAAAUCGGUGCAAAUAUAUACACACCCUUGUAAGUGCAGAGUAUGUAAGAAGUUUUAACAUUUACUUCACAGGAUUUAUGGUGAUUGUGUUAAAUUCUCACUAUUGUGUUUUCUUUUGCUCACUGUUUAGGACAACAGUUUUUGUUAAAAUAGUUUUACAGACUAAAAUUGCUUAAAAAAUGGUUUAACAAACAACUGACAAUGCAUGCUACUGUUCUCUUUCAAAAGGAAGAGCAACUGUAUUGAAUACUAAUAAUAAGGUAUUCAGUGUUUAGAAUCAUUGGGUCUACCCACAAAGUAAGCAUUUCCUUUUGAACUCUUUUUGACAUUUCCAAGCUUAUUAUGAAUAAUAUUGCAGUGUGUGUUGUCAGCUGUAGGUGGCAAAGGUGCCAUUAUAAAAAAGAAAACUGGGUUUUCAAAAUGGGCUAUGGGAGCACAAGCUGAAGCUUUAGUGCCUUCUACAAUGUGGUAUACUGUUUUCUAGAAUUUUAUAUGUGCUAGUCAUUCUCAAUUCAUACGGAACUUAGAUGGAUGUUCCAUUCACUCCCAUAGAGAAAGUGUGCAAGUAGUGUGUCAGAAGAGCUUCUUACAUAGUUCAUCUAAGAGGAGGGAAGUCCUGUUUUCAAGAAUGACUUCAGAGCUUAAAGCAACAAUGCAGUUUUGGGACCAUCAGUUUUAUACUGUGAUAAUUGAAUAUGAAGCAUGUUCUUACUUUACUUAAAUCAGAGCAAACGCUUUCAUUGUCUCCAUUGGAUGGCCUUAAUUAUUACCUCUUAAUCAUCUUGUAAGUGAUGUGCAGAAAUUAUAUGUAAUGGAGAACACGUAAGUUUAUUUGUUUUAAGGAUAUGUUUACUUGAGUUUAAAGUAUAGGUCAUCCGUUAUUCGUAGGCUCACUUUUUGCAGAAGUAUGCAAGUAGUAAAAUGACAACAUUGCUAAUAUUUCCCCAAAGCCAUAACUCAUAGUUUCAGAAAUCUUUUUAUUAUUGUUAUAUUCCCCCCAAAGUUAUACCUUUUAAUUAGCAUGUUAUUAAAAAAAUCAAGUAUAAUUAUUUUAAUGCAAUCUAAUACAAUCAAAUUACUCCGUUGCCUUACCUCAUGGGAAGGGUUAAAGACUUAAAAAGCUGAGUAGCACAUCAGUUACUUGGUUUCAGCUUGAGUUUUCUUUUAAUGUUAAUACUAUUGAAACUUAAGUAUUUAAUAGAAAAUGGAAAGAAUUGCCCUUAUUGCAAGUAAUGAAGCCUGGUUUGAUUAUGAAGCUGCUUAAUUACUCUUCAUGUGUUCAGAAUUACUGUUUCUUUCUUUUCCCUUUUGUCACCGUGUACAUUAAAAUUUUUGAAAAUGCUUUACUAUGUAAAGUAUAGAUGGUCAUUUUAAUCAUUCAACCACAUACGGUUGGCUGGUAAACAGCUUAUUCUGAUACAAGAAUGCUUGGGUGCAUAUGGAAAGAUUGUGAGUGUAUGUCUUGCAUCAACAGCUUUCUUAUUUAUAAUAUGUAGUAGAAUAGAGCAAAUGUUUGAAUCUCUGUUAUUUUUAGUACCAUUUCUCUAAUAAAGCUAAGUAUUUUAGAGGAGAGUAUUUGUUUAUGCAUUUCAAAACAGCAUCUUAGUUUAUCAUGUCUGUCUUGUUUUAUUGGGCAUAGAAUGAUUUCAACAUGGAGAAUGCACGUUUGUGUGGUGUUUUGAGUUAUUUCUUAUACUCUGGACUCUUUAUGUUUCCUUUGUUGGCAGUUAACAUAAUUAGGUUACUGCUGCCAAUUGUUUUUCUUGCUGAUGAUAUUCAGCUUUGAAAUAAUACUUCUUUUGAAAGACACUGGUUUGUAAAAGGAGGACAUGAACAGGAAUACAGGAGAUCCAGAGAAAGUGAAAAAUGUUCUCAAAUGUGUUUAUGGAAGCAAAAUUUUCUAGGGCCUGGAGGUAUUGGAGUGAGUGUGUGUGAGAGAUAGAGAGAUUCUUUAUUCACUUAUAGGAGCCUGAUAGGUUUCCAUUUAUUUGUUAUUUUCUUUCAAGGUUUUUUUUUUUUUUUUUAAGACUAUUCUUUUUCAUCCCAGGUAGAUGUUUGUCAGGAAAACUUGAGGUAAGGCCAAGAAGACAGCCAUUUUAUGCUUGAUCCCUUUUUAAAUUAUUUUUUUUAGCUUGAUUAUACAGAGAGUACAUUCUGUUCUUUAAUUGUAGUUGCCAUCCAUCAUUCUGGACAACUUCUGUGGAUCCUCUUGUUUCUUUUCAGCAGUGCAUGAUGAAUUAUUUAUAUUAAGGUGGGUCUUCAUAAUGUGACCACUUUCAUGUGUGAAAACAAGUAUAAAUCCUUAACUUCUGUAAUUGUCUCCAUAUUCUCCAUCUAGUCUAAUUUAUAAUUGCAAACACUAGUCAGCUUGUGACUUUGUUUAGAAUUCUUAUAUUCAAGAAUUUCAGUAUAUGCUAUGUUGAUCUUCAGAAGUGUCAGAGGCUUAAAUUUUUGACAUGCUCAAAAAUAAAAACUCAAAUUUAGAAUCCUUUCUUGUCAAGAAAGUAACUUCAUUUGUGAUACUAGUUGUUUGCCAGGACCUCAUUCAUUCCUUUAUAUAUGUUGCUAUCUUUAUCUUAAAACUUUAAAAAGCCCUUAAUCUAAAUCAGCUCUGAAGAUACUAUUUAAUUUUAAGAAUUGCAAUAUGUAGUAACAGGCUUUUAAACACUUAAAAAAUCUAUUAGAAAUAAUGUGACUUAAUAAAGUCAUAUUUUUAUGAUUAGUCUUUUUAGUAGUUGAAUUAGCUAUUAGUAUGAAUCCUUUUGGAGAGAUGCAUUAAAUAACAUUUCAGUGCAUUAUUUCUUAUAUUUUCACUAAAAGAUAGUGUCUGAAGUGUCUGAUUUUAACUGGCUGGGUUAUGAAGUAGAGCCAUGUCCACAAAGUAGUUUCUUACAUGUUUAAAUAUUUUUUCUUUUCACUACCUACAUAUUUAGUAUCCUCACAUUUACUUAACUAGUGUUAUCAUUUAAAAUUGUUCAUUUUCAAAUUUCAGAAGUUAGGGCUCUUAAAAAAAAGGGCUAAAUUAGAUUUCUGGAAACAGUAGUCAAGCAUAAUGUAAGAUAAAGACUUAAAAAAAAAAAGACUUUUAAAAUAAAAUUGACUUCCCUACCUAAUUUUGGGUUCAUGGGUGAAUUUGUUUUUGUUAAAUACACUUCUUUCUAUUGGUGAUUCUGCCUAAAGAUUGUUACCUUAUCUUAGAAAUAAAAGCUAAAGCUGUUGAUGGUUUUUUUGGUCCAUAUUCAGUUAGGUUAGUAGUAAGUAAUUACAUUUCUUUCUAUUCUAUUUUAAGGUAUUUUUAUAUUUCCUAACUAAUUUAUCAUAAAAUUAGUUUAUAUCUAAGAUAACAUUUCUUAAUAUAUUGUUUUUAGAAGCAGGGCUUUAGUUUGUUGCCUCAUUUUAAAUUUACUUCGUAUCUACCUAAAAUUUUAAUUUUGAAAAUUGCCAACUUUUGGGAAACUUCACAUAUUUUACUGCUAAGAUUUAUUUUCCUGGGAUUGGAAUGGAAUAAUUGUUCCCUCCAUUCUUAACUUUCAUUUGCUUGAUAGAUAAUUUCUUGACUUUAUGUGCAAGUUCAGAUUUAUGAAAGUAAUGCUGAAAGAAUUAGAAUCGAAGAGAUAGAGUUCUACCAACUCGAGGCUGUGGUAGGCAACAAAUGGUUGGGGAGCAGUCUGCAGAAGUCCCUGAUUUCCACAGAAGAUUAUGUCUGGGUGUAUUGUGUUGUCAUUUAGGUAGUUCAGUUUAAUGGUUAAAUAUUCUUCUUCUUAAUCUUACAAUAGUGUUCUUUACAUGAUGCUGUGGGUUAUCAAGGGAAGAGUUUAACAUGUAAACAUAAGAUGCUGCAUAGGCCGUGUAUAUUUAUGUGAUUAGGGCUACUUCUAAGUGGUACUAGUAAAGAUUUAUCAAAUGAUGCUGCUAUUGUGUUGCUAUAUUUUUAAUAAAAUGAAAACCUUAAAAUCUCA